AACCACUCCACGCUCACAAACCUUGGGAAAAAGAAGCUAUAAACCUAACCAUGACCCAAGGAGAUGCUAUUGAUGAAACGUCAAAGAAGAGAGCGUUGGAGGAAACUCCAGUUGAGCCUUGCAGCGAAACACACGAAUCGCAAGACGAGGAGAGAAAAAAGAUGAAGUUGACGCCAUCUGAAGAGAAGGAACAGGACAAAGAGCUGGCGAAGCUUGAGAGCGAGUAUAAAGAAUUGGAUGAGGAAACAAAGAUAGAGACAGGCAAGGAAGAAAUGAAAGGGGAAAAAGCAAAGAAAAAGCCAGCAUUUGUGUUCGGGAAGACAGCAUUUGGGUCGUCUAAGCCCUUCACGCCAGCACCUGUCGCUGAUGAAAUAGCUGAGAAUGAUGCACCUCCAGCUAAAACCCCAGAAAAGAAGCACAUCUUCGGUUCCACCACGUCUUUCGGUGGUAGCGCGUUCUCCACGGCGCUAAAGGGUAAAAACGUCUUCAGCACCCCGCCGGCGGCGGAAGAAGAUGCCCCGCAGAACGAGUCAACGUUUGGCACGUUUGGCUCCAAGUCCACGUUCGGUAACGCGUUCCAGGCAACGUUAAACAAGCCGUCGUUCUUGGACUCUGCCAAGGAAACCGUAGCGGAGAACGCCGAGCUAGAAGAAGACAUGACCGCUUCCGCACCCAAGGACCAGUUCAAACAGGUGGAGUUGACCAAAACGACUGUGGCCACCGGUGAGGAGGAAGAGACAUCGGUGCUUAACACAAAGGCGCGGUUGUACGCGUUGGACCUCAGUAAAGUCACGGAAGGCUGGAAGGAGCGCGGCGUAGGUGUGCUCCACUUGAACACCAACAACAAGACCCACAAAUCACGGAUCGUGAUGAGAUCCAAUGGGUUGUUGCGCGUAAUUAUGAAUGUGCCACUAGUGGCAAAGUUGGAGGUUUCCAAGGGAAUGGAGUCGUCGUUGCAGAGCGAGAAAUUCUUGCGCGUUGUGAGCAUAGACGAGUCGGGCAGUCCAGUGCAGUACGCUAUCAAGACCGCCAGGGCCGAGAUAAGAGACGACUUGUAUGAGAAUAUCAAGAAGCUCGUUCCUGAGGCCUAAUCUGCAUAAUAGACUGUAUAAUUAUAAAAUUGGCCAAAAGCCAAUAUACCCAUGGGUUUGAAUCCGUGUAGAACUCCGAAAGCUACGGUGGCUAAGAAAUAACUGGAUAAAUUUUGGCAAGUCUAUAUGCACGUAGCAUUUAUGAGCAUGUGGGUAUUUGUCCACAGAAUCUUUACAACGGGC